UAUACGAAAUAUUUAUUUUUUUCUUUCUAAAACUCGAUAUCGUGUAUGUUUAUAUAUGUAUAUAUUUGUGGUUGAGAUUGUGUGCGUAUAGGUUAUGGGAAAAAGUAGGACAUGAUGAUGAUGAUGACGAUGGGGUGUUUCAACUGGUCAAGGAAGAAGAAGAAGAAGGCAUCAAUGGCGUCGAGGCCGCUGGGGAAAAGAUGGAGAGAUCUGAGCGGUCGAAAUCAUUGGAAGGAUGCGUUAGAGCCGUUGGAUUUGGAACUCAGACAAUACAUAAUCCACUACGGUGAGAUGGCUCAGGCAACGUACGACACUUUCAAUGCCAACACCAAAUCCAAAUACGCCGGUUCCAGCAUCUACUCUCGUCAAGAUUUCUUCUCCAAGGUGGGUCUAGAGAAGGGACACCCAUAUUGCAAGUACCAAGUGACAAAGUUCCUAUACUCGACUUCUCAAAUCAGCGUCCCCGACUCGUUCUUGGUGUUCCCGGUUUCCCGAGAGGGUUGGACAAAGGAAUCGAACUGGAUCGGUUACGUGGCAGUGGCCACGGACCAAGGCAAGCAAGUGUUGGGUCGGAGAGACAUCGUGGUCGCAUGGAGAGGAACCAUUCAGACAUUAGAAUGGAUUAACGAUUUCGAUUUCGGUACCAUCAAUGCCAAGAAGAUUUUCGGGGAUAACGGUGAUGGAGUUGGAGUGCAUCAAGGAUGGUAUUCGAUCUAUACAUCAGAAGAUGAACGUUCACCGUUUAAUAAGGCUAGUGCAAGAGACCAGGUUUUGAGAGAGAUAAGGAGAUUGGUGGAGAAGUAUAAGGACGAAGAGAUUAGCAUUACGAUCUGUGGACACAGCCUCGGAGCGGCACUCUCGACCCUAAGUGCAGCCGACAUUGUGGCUAAUGGUUACAACAGACCGAAAAAUCUUCCCGACAAGUCUUGUCCCGUCACCGUAUUCGCUUUCGCCAGCCCUCGUGUCGGUGACUCUGAUUUCAAAAGAUUAUUCUCAGGACUCGAUGAUCUGCGUGCACUACGGAUAAGGAAUCUACCGGAUGUGGUUCCGAUCUAUCCUCCAAUCGGAUACUCCGAGGUCGGGGAAGAACUGGUAAUGGACACGAGGAAAUCUCCGUACCUGAAAUCUCCUGGAAACCCUACCUUGUUUCACACCAUGGAAGUUUACUUGCAUGGGAUUGCUGGAACUCGAGGCACCAAAUCGGAUUUCAAACUUGAAAUCGAACGUGACAUUGCUCUGGUUAACAAACCGAUCGACGGAUUGAAGGAUGAAUUUAUGGUUCCUGGUUCUUGGAGAGCUCUCAAGAACAAGGGUAUGGCUCAACAGAAUGACGGGUCAUGGAAGUUGAUGGACCAUGAGACCGAUGAUAACGAAGAUGUUGAAAUUUGAUUCUGGGUUUUUGGAAUUUGGUUUGAUUUAUAUAUAUAUAAAUUUACCAGAUUUGGUUAGUUUAUUUUUCCAUGAACAUUGUUCCUCUACUUUCUCCUGUUUACUGUAAUUAUAUACAUGAAUCAAACAUUAUGUUUUAU